AGUCCCACUAUUUUGUCCUCCCUUACCCUCUCCUCCUUCCUUCCUUCUCCCAUUCAACAUUUUACAGGCGCCAUCUCUCUCUCUCCUCUCUCUCCUCUCUCUCUCUCUAUAUAUAUAUCUCUCUCUCUCUCUCUCAUCGAACCUUCCUUUGCGGCCUCCGCAACCACCACGCCCUUCGUCGUCCUACAUAAGGUCUUGGCUUCAGGUUGAGAAGCCUGCACAGGAUUGGCAAUUAACUUUUCGGGAAAAUUAUGAUGAGAUCGUAGUUUUUUUUUUUGUGUUUUCAAAUAUAACUUGUUUGUAACUGGUGUAUUAUGGAUAGGAGUGAAAAAGAAUUCCAAAAUUCAAGUAUUUGGUUCUUUAUGUAUAAAAUUUAAGCGUAUCAACGUCCCACAACUGACAAUUUGAGUGUCAACCAUCUAUGCCUGGCAACGAACUUGGAGAUAGGGUUCACAAUUUUUUUUCACAAGACAGUUCAUUGCAGGGGCAGCAUCAUUCACAGACCGUGGAAGGGAAUUGGCCAGAGCUAAACGGGAGUUUUGGUGUUGGUAGCCAAAGGCAACUUGAUCUAUUAAAUUCUAAUAACAAAAAUCAUAAUUCACAAAACUCAGACAUAGAUGGAGGAGAGGGCAGCUAUCCCCUUCACAUGACACAUGGCUUGAACUUUACUCAGUCAAAUCUGAGACCUGAUUUUGCUAGAACCCCGACACUGAACGAACAGCCAAAUUUGAAUGGCUUCCUGUAUGGAAAUCAGUUUCACCAGACAAGACAGAAUGAAGCAAACUUUCUGGCUAUGGAUACAAAUUCUGACCAGCGUCAGUUAAUGACCUCAAGAGGCUUAUCUGUCCCGGACCAUCAGGCAAAUGCUUCAUAUCCUGUCAGUUUUGACCUUUUUGGUGGUCAGCAGAAGAUGAGCUAUCAGCAAUCCAGCAUACCGCAAUCUUUGCAACAUCAGCAGUCUGGGGUAAACGACAUGCAAAAACUGCAACAACAACUCAUGAUCAGGAAAAUGCAAGAACUUCAAAGGCACCAACAGCACCAACAACACCAACAGCUAGAUUUAAGACAACAUGAUUCGGUUAAUCAGGUUUCCUCCUUUGCUAAACAGACUUCUGGCAACCAGUCGAAUUCUGAAACAUUACAGUACCCUUGGACAGCUGAGCAUGGUAUGAACUGGCUGAACCAGGGUACUGCAGCUGUGCAACGGUCUCCGAAUAGACUUGGUUUUCCACCCAACCUUGCCCAGACACAGCGUUUUGUGGAUUUGGGGCCAGAGCAGGUCGAUCAAUCUCUUUAUGGGGUUCCUGUUUCUAGUUCAAGGGGUUUACCUGUGAACCAAUAUUCCCAAAUGACAACAGCUAGAUCUUCAAUACCUCAAAUGUCGAUGUCUAGUAAUUAUCUUCAGGGUAAUCAACAUAAUCUAUUGACAGAUCAGACAGGUGUACAGGAAGAACCUUCUACUCAUAGACAUAAGUUUAUGAAUGAAAAGGUAUUUGGACUUGCUUCUAGGCAAUCUCCAAAUUCUGGGAUGAGAAAUAUGGGGGGCCUCCAACAAGUAAAUUCCAUGCCGAGAAAUACGCCUCAGCAGGACCUAGCUGUUCAUCCGGCGACCUCACAUGAAAAACCAACUAGACAAGUUGCUUCUCCUCAAAGUGAAGUCGCACUAGAUCCGACAGAAGAAAAGAUUUUGUUCGGCUCAGACGAUAAUAUAUGGGCUGCUUUUGGUGAGGUCCCUGAUAUGAGUGGAGAAGCUGGUAACUCAUUCAAUAAUGGAGGUGUAUCGAAUGGUUUACCUUCUAUUCAAAGUGGUAGCUGGAGUGCUCUUAUGCAAUCAGCUGUCGCUGAAACUUCUAGCAGUGACAUAGCGCCACAGGAGGAGUGGAGCGGUCUGAGUUUUCGCAAUAAUGAUGGUCCUUUGGAAAGUCAGUUACCUUCUAUGCGUUCGAAUCAACUUGUGGAGAAGUCUCAAAAUGAACCUGGCCAAAGACUGCUGAAUGAGCUGCCUCAAAGUUCUUUCCCAUCUGUAGAGGAAGCUGGCAAGUGGUCCAACAGCAGUCCACUACAAAAUUUAGUUGCAGAAGGCGGUCCGACGUAUAGAGAUGCCUCGCCACAUCCCCUCCAGGCAGAGAGAAAUGCUAAAACAAAUUCUCCAACUUGGAUCCCUGGACACACUGGAAGUAGGCCACAAUCAAAUGGCUGGAAUGCUCUGGCAGCUUUACCACCUGGUGGAGAUAGGGUGACAAAUACUCACGGGGCUGAGAAGUUGCAGCAAAAUUCUCAUAACAGUCAACCGAGGGUGAUGCAAGAAGUGGCUCAUGGAAGUUCUUUAUGGAAUUCAAAUUCUGUUCCUAGUUCUUCUACUGAGUUUGGUCGAGUAAAUUCCAGAUUUGUCAAUCCACAAGCAAAUCAGAUUAGUUUGCAAGAUGCUUCGGUAGCUAACUCAAGUAAUACAAGAAUUAGUAAUGAAACCAGUCCACGUGUUCAAAGUAAUUAUUUAUUUAAUCAGUGGAAGAAUGCUCAUCCUGCAGUGAGGUCCAAAGGUGGUGAAAAUGUAGGGAGACUGAUGCAUCAAGCUAAUGGUACCGAUCAGGUUUUAGACUCGAUGGAUAAUGGUGAUAAUGAGGUGGAUAAUGGUGAUGGAAAAGAAAAUUCUAAUGAUAGCCAUCGUUCAAACUUAUCUCAGCACACUUCUGGUGGCUUCAGAGAAGGUGGAUUGUCAGAUGCGAGUGAUUCACAAUCUUUUAUGACUGGGAAGCAAAUGCCAACCAAUCAGCUUUCUAGGAAGAUUUCUGCUCCUCGAAAAUUUCAGUAUCAUCCGAUGGGGAAUGAGGAUGUAGAACCUACCUAUGGUCUGAAGCAGCCUACCCGUGUGCAGGCCAUGUCCCAGCAGAAUGUCCAUUUAGGCCAGUUGAAAAUGUUUGGUCAGGUUUCAAGGAAUUCUACAGCAACAGAAAAGGGGCAGUCCUCUGAACUUCAGGAAAAUACUAAAGGCCCUGAUGAGGAGUCAUCACGUGGAAACCUUUCUGGUCGUGUGCCUAAUAUACCUGUCCCCUUAAGCCGGCCCAUUGAUACAUACAUCUCAAACAAUGCUUCUUCAUCGAGUCAAAACAUGUUGGAGCUUCUUCACAAGGUAGAUCAGUCAGGAAAUCAUGAUACCAUGAUGCAGUUCAGCUCGUCCGAGCAAAAUGCAUCAUCUCAGCUACCGGAAUCUGAAUCUGCUGUGGCUGGUCAGUCUCAAGGUUUUGGGUUACAACUUGGUCCUCCAUCUCAAAGGCUGCAGAGUCGGGACCAGCUAUUUUCUUCUCAAAAUGGUCAAGGCACAUUAAGUUCUUUGUAUCCUAGUAGUGCUGCUGCUGAAAUAGGAGAUAAGGGCCGCCAGAUGGCUCAUUCAUUAGAAACCCAGUUCAACUUCAAACAUAUUAGAUCUGCAAUUCCAGGGCAUGCUGGGACUGAGAACUCUCUGUACAAGGCGCCUGCAAAUUUUAAUUCGUCAUUCCUUUCUGGUAUUCAAAAUCAGAAAAUGACAAGCGUAACAGAACAAAUGUCUACGAAUCAGCAUGUAGACGCUUUCAAUGGUAACGCCUCCUGCUCUGCACAAAAAAGUUCUGCAGAGACUUCCUUGCCUGAUGCUUCUGGCAGCUUUCAACAAGGCAACCUUGCUUCUUCUAGGAACGUGUUCCAGCAAAGAGGUCCCACUGAUGUACAUGAAAGAGUUCUAGCAGCAACUAUGCCGACCAAGGAUCGUGAGCAGAGUUCUCAGAAAUUUGCCAUGCCUAACAUUUCUCGACACGAAGGUUUAGCACAGAAUACGUGGACCAAUGUUCCUACACAUCAGCAUAACAUGGGUGUCCAGUUUCAGCGAGCAUCAUCACACGUGGAGUCACCUCAGCCAAAUAUUGUGGAAUCAAGUUCUGCUCCUUUGAUGCAAGGUCAUGUAAACUCUCAAGGACAUGCAGAUGGCGAAGAACAAAAGUUGAAGGAAAGCUCUGGUCAGCCAGUACCAUCUGUGAAGAUUGACCCAGUUUCAAACAUGAAAAAGUCAUUAGGAAAAGCGUCCUCCACUAAUAACCGCGUCAAUGAAUCUCCUCCGAAUCCUGUUUCAACACAGAAGGAUAUUGAAGCCUUUGGCCGAUCUCUGAGACCUAAUAGCUUCUCUCCUCAAAAUUAUUCCUUACUAAACCAAAUUGAGGCCUUAAAGGAUGGAGAGAUUGAUCCAAGCAAUAGGGUCGCAAAGAGAAUAAAAGGAUCAGGUAACAUUACAGAUGUUCGCCAAUCAGCUUUGGAUCCUGGGCGGCAAAAUGAACACAAUGCCCUAGUUGGAGAUACUUUGGGUUCAAGCACUGAAACGCCUUCUCAGGAUUCUAAAUUGCUAGGCUUCUCUAGGCCAGCUGACAUCUUGCCAAGCAAGAUUUAUCAACAGGAAAACCAAGCUGCAAAGGAUGUUACAGGACUUAGUCGGGAUGUUUCUCAGACCUAUCCUUGUAAUGAUUAUAUGACUUCUGUCGUACCUAAUCAUCCUAAGAUUAGUCCCCAGAUGGCACCAUCGUGGUUCAAUCAGUAUGGAACUUUUAAAAAUGGGCAAAUGCUGCAAGUAUAUGAUGCACACAAAGUCACCCCCUUAAGACCUGUAGAAACUCCUUUUACUCUCGGCAAAUCUUCCAGUGGUUUGGACGUGCUUAAUUCAGAGGAGAAAGGAACUGCUGCUCCCGUCGAUGCAUGUCAAAUCAUUAACAGCGAUCAAAAUUCGACUCCCUCGUCAGUAGUCAAUCAGUGUUUCUCUUCUAUUCAGUCAUCACAGCCUAAUGCUGUUGGGCAAAAUCUAGUGAGUUCGCGUAGCAAGAAGCGUAAGACUGCCACUUCUGAACUUCAUCCUUGGCACAAAGAAAUAUCGGAGGGUUCCUUAAAUCUUUGGACUCUCAGCAUGGCAGAAGCAGACUGGAAUAAAGCAGCAAACAGUCUAUCUGAAAAGGUUGAAGAUGACGGGGUGGAACUAUAUGAAGAUGGGCCACCAUCGCUUAGGUCUAAAAGAAGGCUUAUUUUGACAACACAUCUUAUGCAGCAACUGCUUCGCCCUGCACCAGCAGCUAUUCUCUCUGCGGAUGCUCGGUCUAGUUACGAGAUUGUGGCUUAUAGUGUCUCCAGGAUUGCAUUGGGAGAUGCUUGCAGCAAAGUUUCUUGCUCAAGUCACUUGGAUAGCCCUUCUGACGGCAUGAACCUGCUUCUAAGUAAGGGCAGAUCAUCAAAAAGAAAUGGUGGUCAUUAUGCAGAAGUUACUGAAAAGCUGAUGGGGCAAGCUAAGAAGCUAGAAAAUGAUCUCUCAAGACUGGACAACAGUACGUCAAUAUUGGACUUGAGACUGGAAUGCCAAGAUCUCGAGAAGUUUUCAGUAAUCAAUCGAUUUGCAAGAUUCCAUGGGCGUGAAAGUGACGUGACCGACAGCACUCACAAUAGACCUAUCCCGCAAAGAUAUGUUACUGCCCUUCCCAUGCCUAGAAGUAUUACCGAUACCGUACAAUGUCUAUCACUAUAGUAUUUUGAUUCAUCGUAAAUUAUCUAUCUCCAAUAGUUUCCGACUGAACCCCACAAGAGGAUGGAAUUGCCGAAUGUCUCCUCCUCCUUAUAAUGUGUAAGCCUGUUUAUUCUUUUUUUCAAUUUAGGCCAUUGAUACCAUUCUUGAAGAAAAGGUUCAAUUCAUGUAUGUAUAUCUUUUUGAAUUUUUUUCAAAAUGUGGUACAAAUUCCUUAUUUUGGCAGAUGUGGGCCAAUAUAAGUGGCCCCUGGUAUGUCAUAUAAUAUGUUAGGUAGAGAAAUUUAUAUAGUUGCAAAUGUUGUUGUUGCAUGGUAAUCUAUUUCCCUUUUCGGGUUAUAUGCUUUGAGCUCCGACUUGUAAUAAUUGAUCGUCGCUGACUUGUAAACUAAUCUAGUCGAGUUUUGGAUGAAUCCAGUCGUGAAAUGAAAACUAUAUUUCGA